AUGUCACUCUUGCGUUUUGCUGCACUCGGUGCAGCGUUCCUUCACUUGUCCUCCUCCGCGAGUGUCAUCGUCCGCAGGGAUCUGACACCGCCUGAAACCCCCAGAGACGGCUGGACGUACCUGGGAUGCUAUGUUGACAGCGUCUCGAAGCGUGCGCUCGAUGGGCCUGUACACUAUGACACUGAGGGUCUGACCGCUGAGACGUGCGUGGCCCAUUGUGUUGGCCUGGGCUACGCGUUCGCUGGCAUGGAGUAUGCCCAGGAGUGCUUCUGCGGUAGCAAGAGACCUACCACCAAGGCUCCCGAGGCCGAUUGUAGCAUGGCCUGCACUGGUGAUGCCGAUCAGCCUUGUGGAGCUGGUGACAGACUCACUGUCUUUGGCAAGUCUUCUGCCGGAGGUACCGCUGUGCCCUCCGGUGAACCAUCCGAGACUGCUUCUGCCACUGGCACUGCAACCGCUACUACCGGCCCCGUCGUCACUGAUCUUCCUGACGACUGGUCCUAUGCCGGUUGCUACAUUGACCCUCCCGGCCGUGCCCUUUCCCCAUUCGGCACUUCAUCUUCCCAGACACCUCAGAAAUGUAUCGCCACCUGCAUUGAGAACGGCUUCAAGAUCGCUGGUCUGGAAUACGCUGAGGAGUGUUACUGCGGUAAUGCCCUCAACAAUGCUGCGUCCAAGACCAAGGAAUCGGACUGCAACAUGGCCUGCAAGGGCGAUGACAGCCAGAUGUGCGGUGCUGGCAAUCGUCUAUCCCUCUACUCCAGCGGUGACUUUGAAGUGUACCCCAUUCCCGUCGCUCAAGAAGAUGACCUCCCUGGCGAUUGGGAGUAUAAGGGCUGUGUCUUUGACAACAACAACCCGUAUGUGCUCGAGUGGCUGUACGAAGACUCCGGCAGCUACGCCACCAGCAACAUGACCGUCCCAACCUGUCUCAAGCGCUGCCAGAAGUUCGGCUACUCCGCUGGUGGUGUUGAGUACGGUCGCCAGUGCGUCUGUGGCGACCUGAAGGCAGUUGAGGCUAAAGGCGAUAUCUGGAAGGACGACAGCUUCUGCAGCAUGGCCUGUCCCGGCAAUCGCAACUACACGUGCGGCGCGGGCAAUCACAUCAGCUACUACGAGUGGACCGGCACGUCGCUCAACACGUUCCACUACGCUUCUGGACCUGCUGCGGGGAGGUAUGAUCACUUCUCCACUUCCCCCAUCAUCCCGCUCAUCAGCUCUGUCGGCAUCAACGACAAGGUUGUCUUUGUGGAGAAGCACGGUACAUCUGAUGAUGAUACUGAGGGCUCGUUUGAGUUUGACUACUCUACCAACACCUACCGUGAACUUGCCCUCAAGACUGAUGUCUUCUGCUCUGCUUCCUUCACUCUUCCAGAUAAGGCUGGCCGUAUCAUCAACAUCGGUGGAUGGUCUGCUGAGUCAGUCUACGGUAUUCGCUUCUUCACUCCUGACUCACCUCAAGGAGUCGACAAUGGCACCAAUGUCUGGGAAGAGGACUACACACAACUGCGUCUCUUUGACCCGCGCUGGUACCCCACUGCCAUUGUUCUUUCCAAUGGUUCCAUUCUUGCUAUGGGUGGAGAGUCUGGUUCUGAUGCUCCCAUCGUUCCCUCCGCUGAGGUUCUGCCCCAUCCUGCUGGUGUAACCAAGUCGACUUACCUUGACUACCUUGAGCGUGCUGAGAACAUUGGUCGAACCAACUCGUAUCCUCACAUGGCCAUCUUGCCUUCUGGUGGUAUCUUCUUUACUCAGUUCAAUGAGUCUCGUAUCCUUUCACAGGUUGACUUUCAGUCUAUCAAGAAGCUGCCUGAUAUGCCUGGUCAGGUUGACAACCCCUUGACUGGUCGUAACUAUCCUCUUCAGGGUACUAUGAUGGUUCUGCCUCAGAAGGCUCCUUAUACCGACCCUGUCGAGGUUCUCAUUUGCGGCGGUACUACUCACGAGCCUGGCAAUGAGGCUCUUGACAACUGUGUCCUUAUGGCUCCUGAUACCCCUGAUGCUGACUGGGUCAUCGAGCGCAUGCCCUCCAAGCGUGUCAUGCCCAACAUGGUCGCCCUCCCUGACGGUCGCUACCUCAUCCUCGGCGGCGCACAAGUCGGUCGUGGUGGUUUCGGUCUCGCUGACAAUUCGAACCUCAACGCGGUCAUGUACAACCCCGAGGAGCCUCUCGGUCAGCGCAUGACCGUCCUUGCCAACACCACCAUCGCCCGCAUGUACCAUUCCGAAGCUGUACUCCUCAGCGACGGAAAGAUUCUCGUCUCUGGUUCUGACCCUCAGGAUCAGGGCAAGCAUCCUCAGGAGAAGCGUAUCGAGUACUUUUGGCCCGAUUAUCUGCUUUCUGGUGCUGCUCAGCCCAACUUCACCCUCACAGACCGUGAUUGGGUCUAUGGUGAGAGCUACACUUUCACUCUCACCUCUGAUCUGGAGGAGGGUGCGGCCAACAUGCGUGUCUCUCUCAUGGCCUCUGUUGGUGCUACUCACGGUGUCAGCAUGGGUCAGCGCACCCUGUUCCCUGAUGUCUCUUGCAGUGGCAAGACAUGCACCGUGACAGCUCCUCCCGAUGCCUUCAUCAGCCCUCCUUCUUGGUACCAGAUGUUUGUGCUCGAUGGACCUACUCCCUCGCACGCCAUUUGGGUCCGAAUUGGCGGUGAUCCCGGCGAGCUUGGUAACUGGCCCAAGCUUCCUGGCUUCACUCCCCCAGGUGUUUAGUUCGGUGCUGUAUAUGGUAUGUAAUCAGAAGCAGUUGCUUCUAUGAGAGUAUGAUCAAUCAUGGAGCAUACGAUGAUAAUCAUCCAGCGCGCGAUUUCUUUG